AUGUAUGCUCUAGAACAUGCUUACAGAGCUAUAAGGAAUGGACAGUGCGAGAAUGCUAUUGUAGGAGGAGCAUCACUUUGCCUGUGUCCAGCAAUUUCCUUACAGUUUUACAGAUUGGGUGUACUCAGUAUGGACGGAAAAUGCAAAGUAUUUGAUAAAUCUGGCAAUGGAUAUGCCAGAUCCGAAGCAAUUAGCGCCAUCUUUCUGCAAAAGUCGAAAGAAGCCAAACGAAUUUACGCUACAGUACUACACGCAAAAACAAAUUGUGAUGGGUUUAAGGAUUCGGGAAUCACCUUUCCAUCUAGGAAUAUGCAACUGAAGCUAUUAAAAGAAUUUUAUGAAGAAUGUCAAUCGGUGAAACCGUACGAAAUAAGCUACAUGGAAGCACAUGGAACGGGGACAAAAGUGGGCGAUCCAGAAGAAUUACAAGCCAUCGAGGAAGUGUUUUUACCUCAAAGAAAAUCUCCUCUUCUUAUAGGAUCGGUUAAGUCUAACAUCGGUCAUUCAGAACCGUCUUCAGGAUUGUCGUCUAUUACAAAGGUCAUCUUAGGAUAUGAAACUGGGUACAUAGCACCUAAUAUACACUUUAGCAGUCCGAGAGAAGGUAUAAAGUCGCUAAUGGAUGGUAGAUUUAAAGUAGUGACAGAAAAAAUGGAAUUUAAGGAUGACAGAGGCUUAGUAGGAAUCAGCAGCUUUGGAUUUGGCGGAGCUAACUGUCACAUACUCCUCCGACAUAAUCCUAAGAAAAAAGUAAACCAGGGUAGACCAUUUGACAAUAUACCUAGAUUGAUUUGUGUCAGUGGUAGGACGCCCAAUGCAGUCAACAUUCUUCUGGAUAGCGUAAUAGAAAAUAAUCUUGAUAUGGAACAUAUCAGAUUGCUUCAAGACGUUUUUAGGUUUUUUACCAUUUGUUGUUCUUCUAGUAAGAAUAUAAGUGCUCAUUGCUAUCGAGGUUAUGUGUUAGCAUCUAAAUCUGGUAAAAUACUAAGAUCACAAACCUAUUUUGAUUCCAAGCCGACUCCUUUACUGAUAUGCUUUGGCGUUAUUGACAAAGAAUCUACAAAAAAUGUUAAAGAAUUCUUGGAAGUGCCCAAUUUUGCUGAAGUUCUGGAUAAAGUACAUCUGGUGCUUAAAUUGAAGAACAUUAGUAUUAUAAAUGUAAUACUGAAGGAUAGCACCAAAUCAAUUUUUAACACGGUUCUUACUAAUGUUGUGUUACAAUUGGCAAUUUGCGAUACUCUAAAAGCUCUACAAAUCGCUCCUACAAAAAUCUUUGGCGUUAAUAAAAAUUUAUCUCUGGGUGGCUUGGCAUGUGGCUAUUUUGAUGGUGCUCUAAGCUUGGAAGAAGUGGUUGAGCUGGCUUAUGUUAUUGGUUCUAUUAUGAACGCCGCAAAUAAAAGUAGUACUGCAGAAUUGUAUGAAUUAAUUCAGGAAGACGAAAAAUAUGCAAGAGAUUUCGAAAAUAUUUUGGAUAUUAUCAUUCCAAAGCCGAGAAUUUUAGGCGACAAUGUAAUUGUUGAAUCAUAUCCUGCACAAAUUGAUUCCACCUAUAUCGUGAAUUCAUUAAAGUGCGACGAUAUUCCACAAAAAAUCAGAGAUUCUGUCAAAAAAACAGGUAUUUUAUUUGAAAUUGGAAAUGGUGAAAUAAAUGGUCUAUUAAAGUCUUCUAAGAAGAGCGCAUCUGUAGUAAGUCGAGGAGGAUUAAAUGAAUUCCUAACAUCCAUUGGAAGAUUAUACGAGCUAGGUGUUAACCCUCAACUCCAAUACUUAUAUCCUAAAGUGCCGUAUCCGGUCAGCAAAGGCACACCUAUGAUUUCUCCGUCCGUAGGCUGGAAUCAUGAAAAACGUUGGUCCGUUCGUUGUUCAGAUGAAAAUUCUCAAUUAUUCGAACAAAGAACAGUUGUAAUUUAUAUCAAAUUACCUGAUUUUUCUUAUUUGGAAGGACAUGUAGUUGAUGGAAGAAAUCUGUAUCCAGCUAUGGGAUAUUUAUUAUUGGCUUGGGAAGCAUUGGCUGGUACUUACAGACUUAUGUUAAAAUAUACAAAAGUUGUGUUUGAGAACUGUCGGUUUAUAAGAGCCUGUUCCGUUUCGUCCACACAUGGAUCUCUGUUAUUAUAUCUGCGUGUUUUAUUUCAUGCGGUGUCCGGCAACUUUGAGAUUAGCGAGGGAUUCCCACUCCAGGUUACUGAUGGAGUCUUCCACGUUCUUGAGAUCCAUUUUUCUGGUUCCAACCGUUCUGGUCCAGUUAGUGGAGCGUUCGUUUCUUUUCUAGCUAGAUAA